AUGAAGGACACAGUGCGGGAAGCCGAGGCGGCCAUUUUGGCUGCCACCUCCGAAGCAGAGGUGCGUCGCAUCUGCGAUGAGGCACAUGUCAAGAUUGCAAGGCACAUGCUCGCCUUGCAGCAAGAUGAGAAGGUGUCCCUCACGGACCUGAAAAAAAUGGCAAAAGAAGCCCUGGAGGGUCUCGAAGCAUCGGUACCACUGCCUCCCUUGCCAGCUUGCGAGGCAAAGAAAAGAGCUGCUCAGGCAGAGCCUGCUGAGCAGGCAGAGUCUCCAUCUGCAAGCAAGGGCACUGACUUCAAGUGGCUCUUCCACACCAUGGGGGCUGAUGUGGUCUCGGCUGCUGACAGCAUCGACGGUUACACUUUUCUGUGGGCCAUACCAGAAUGGUGGAAAUUCCGAACACCCUUUGCAGGUUGGUACAGCCGAAGCUACCAGACAGUGGCCAAGCCCAUUCUCCAGGAAUGGGACUUGGGCGACAACCAUGCCCUCAUGCUGAAAUUAAAGAGUCAGGUGUGCAUUUGCGUGAGCCGUAAAGUUGCUUUGCUGACGUUGAACACAGACACAGCCAAGGUUAUCAGACGAGCAGGCUACAAAGGUGACCGGCCAGAUGCCACAAGCCUGCAGCUGCCAGUGGAUUCUGCCACAAUCCCUGGCUGCCUUGCUUGUGUUGCGUGCUUCCUACAGAACCGGUCCCUGACAGCAGAAGCACUGAAAGAGACAUGGUCUCUUGUGGAAAUGUUCGACAAGUUGUGCGACAAGACUGGGACCAUUCGCUUGGCCAGACAAGUGGAGGAGUCCGCGCUCAGGGUCGAGGAAAAUCGCAUUCUGCUAGAGGAUUGGAAUUCCUGCACCGCUGGCAUCGGCCUAGAAGUCAUACGCACCGUCACGACAAAGCUGUUCCCCAACGACCGCCUCUACAUCAGCCUGGGGAAAGCAGUCUAUGUCCUUUGCCACUGUCGCUCCAGGAGCUCCUUCAAGACAAACGAGGCUGCGAGUCGAGCAACCAAGCGACUCCUGCACAGCUUCACUCAGAGCAUCGAGCUUCGUCUCGAGAACACCCAACACCUCCUGGAGGACUCUUGUCCCCCAGCUCGUCGUGGGGCCUGCUACCACCCACUGCUGAAAUCUUCCCGGCUUCGUGGCAGUACUGUGAUGAGAGAAGCUCUGGUGGCCAGGUUUGCGCGGAAAUCCAGUGGCUUCAUGACCACCAAAGACAGUGAGCCCGAAAUCGGGAUUCUGGGAUUGGUGAACAAAACAUCCAAAUUCGCCCACGCAACUUGCGAGGAGUUCUUGAUCAGGUACCUUGUCAAGGCCAGUGAGGCCGUCAGUAGAAGCACAGAGCCCGGCGACUCCUGCACUCGGGUCUUGAACUGGUGCAUGGACUCAGCAAGGGCCUGUUCAUUUCAGGUGCUGUCCUUCCAGCUGCAGUUCGACCAAACAGAGGCCAGCUUCAUACAAAUACUUCCAGACAGCAACCCAUGUGCUGAUGGUGGCACCGUCCUCCAAGCCCUCAAUGUAGCGCUUCAGGGACCCGGGCUCUCAGCAGGUGCACAGAUGCCAAAGACAUACAGAGAACUGCGAACAUACAGAGCUGCCACGAAAUCUCUCUUGCACUCGACAAGGAACUUGAUCGGGCUCCUCCUGCCUGGUUUCGAUUUCAGCUGGUGCAUUCCAGAAAACAUUCUUGUGCCACAUGAAAACAAGCAAAGGUACAAGAUGUCCUCAGAAGAAAAAACCCUCCACAGCUUGGACGUCAGCAAGGAUGCUUACUUCCUCUAUGACCCCACCACUGGCAUUUCCACAGCAGACUUCGCAAGCAGCAAGCAAAACGAAGUCCUGCGACUUUGUUUCAGUGGCGAUGAAGGGUCCGAGAACUUCGGCAUGAUGUUGUGGUUGUGUCACACCCAGUGCAUUUGUGUCUGGUGGCCAGACCUACCCCAUAAGCUCCACCGAAAGCAGGCAGCAGCUUUCACUGCCGUGGAAGAAGGACGACGACUCAUUCGUCAAGCCUGCAAGGUUUUCCGGUCAACCAGAGCCCCAUGGUCGACGAGCCGAUUCGGCCGAGCCCGCAAAGAGUCCCGAGCCAGACUGCUGGCAGCCUUGGAGAAGCAAGGCGAGUGCGAGCUCCUGCAGUGCCACCUUUCAGGCAUGGCCAGGGAUGUCGGGUGCACGGAGGCCGAAAUGACAGCAGAGAAGGCCCUCUCCUUGCUCAAGAUGCACUCAGGCUGUGUCCACUGGAGCGGUUCAGACACUGUCAAGGAGGGCAGGUGGUUCAGCUGGUACGACGCUUGUGUCCGGCAAGACCGAUCCUUGGAAGCAAGAGGAAGUUGGCACAUGCAGCUGAUGGAACUUCUCUUCCAAUACUGGGAGUCCGGCCAGAAUCCGUAUGAGGCAGUUGAGAAUGCCAACGAGGAUGACGCUGAUACUGAUGCGGCUGGGAUUCGAGCACUCACUUUCAAGGUGCUUGCAGAUGGCACCAACCAGGACAAGUUGCGAUCCAUGCUCAAGAUUUUCGGCCCGGACUCCGAGCUGCAGACUUCUCCAAAAGGCUCCGUUCGGCAAGCUUUCCAGCUCGCCACCGGAGCACGAGUUCAACACCUGCUGAGGCACCCGACCUUGAGAAGAAUAAUACAUGCAAUAGGCGACUGUGUUUCUCUCUACCAUGCCAGGGAGACCAUCAAAGAAUCCACAUCCUUUGAGAACCUGGCCUACAUCAACAUCACCGAAGCCGAGUACGAUGAGACAGCUGCAGAGACGAUGUCCUUGCACUGCAGCAUGCUCUGCAACUGGUUGGCCAGACUUACUGAAGUAGCCGAUCAUCAUAGAGUGCUUCCAUGGAAGUCCGUCUUGGCUGUGCAGGAUCGCAGAUAUGCUGGCUUGCUGCAAAGUCUGCAAAAGGAGUGGGAGUUCAUUCAGAUGUUGGACAAAUUGUCCCCCAAGAGCAAGGUCUUCCAAGCAAUGGCCUUCACCCGUUGGCAAAGUGUCCGUGAGAUGCUGGUGGAAGCAGAGUCCAUUGGGUUCGACAGUGAGCACCAGCGAGCCGGACUUGUGAGGCAAGUUUUCUUGUCUGCCUGCGGCCUGAAGGCUGACACACAGGAAACUGCUCUUCUUACAUCCUUGCCAUGCGAGCUGGCCUUCAACGACCUCAGAGAUUCAGAGAAACGAGGACAGAAGUCAGUGUACAGGAGUCCUCCAGCGAUCGCUGCAGCUGCUGUGAAGAGUGCUUGGAAGAGAAGCCCCUUGCAGCACUUGCAGUUGGAGAGCAAGGACUGGGCUGAUCGCGAGUCAGCCAGGCAUUUGAAAAAUUCUAUCCUAGCCGGCGCAAAGCAGAUCGACAAAGAGCUUGGCAUCCCCAUGCAUGAGCUGACACACCAGAGGCAGUGUCCACACAUGACCAAGCCUCAUGAGCUGACCCAGCGAUUGUGCCUCUUCGUGACCUUGCUGGCAGAGUACAGGCAGAAUGCCGCUGUGGACGUGGAGGCUUUGGUCUCCAAUGUUUGGACCCUCAGGCUCCUCACUGCCUGCACACUCUGGAAGCUGUCAGAGAGCGAAGAUGCAGAGACCCGACUGGUGCUUCAGUCAGGGCCCUGGACAGCGCAGUUCAUUGUUCUGGAGACAGUGGAGCUCGAGGACAACUUCUACUACAAGAUCCCCUUGCAGGCUGCUGUGGAGAACACGGUGACCUUCAAGCCAACAAUGGGACUUCUUUCUGUUGCUCGAGGUGUGGCCAACUGCGAAUUCGGGUUGCUGUUCAAGCCCGAGGCCUUCAUGACUCCCACUCGCUUCUUACUCACACACAGAGUGCUCGAGAUGCCUUCCAGCUUCGUGAGUGCUUUUUGCCGAUUGGUGGGCUUGAACCUGGGCAGAUGCACUCAUGCAGAGCGAGUGCGACGACUGCUUGAAAGGGAGGGGUUCGACGAUGCUUACAUCAAGGAGCCAGAUGAUGUCCACACCGACGACGACAGGGAUGAUGAUCAUGAUGCCGAGGAAGAGGUUCUCGAGGACCUCAACUUCAAUGUUGACGAAGACCAGGUGCCUGAUCAAGCAGAAGCAGCGCAGCCAGUUCCUGGUGAGCCUCUACAGCAAGAACACCCGGACCAAGAAGAGCCUGCCAAUGAUCGCAUAGACAUUGGCAAUGCCGAUCUCGCUGCUGUUGCUGUGGGUGAGGGCUAUGCUAUUCCUGAACAGAGGGCCGAGCCCAGCUUUCCCAUAGUGUACUUUGUCUUGUUCGCCUUUUCUUCUUCUUUUUUGUUUUGUUUUUUUUUUUUUUUGGGGGGGGGGGUUUAG